AAAAAAUUAUCAAAAAAAUUACAGAGCGUUCAAGAGAGGAGUUUUUUCAGACAUAUUUACCAUAUCCCAGAGGUUUCUACUUAAAUGACACAAGUGAUAACUUUCACACAAAGUCCAGUAAAUGAGUGUAUAAACUAUUCGACAGCAUACAACAUAUUUCCCCAUAAGACGAUGGCAUGACGGGCCAACAAAACAAGGAGUGAUACAAAAAUAUAGGAGUUCGAAAUGUCUGAAGAAGAUCUCAAAGAUAAAGAGCUUGUAUUUUCAUUUAACCUUACAGCAGGUAAAUUUUUAGUGAAGAAGCGAAGAUUCAAGGAGGCAAUUGAAAGCUUUUCCAGGGCCCUUGCCCUUACACCAAAUCACGAAACAUGUUUGACGAUGAGAAGCAAGUGCUAUCUUCUCCUUGGUCAACAUGACAAAGCGCUGAAAGAUUCGGAAGAUGCGUUGGCAAAUAAUCCCACGUCGAGCACAGGUAUUGUGCAAAAAGCGGAAGCGCUAUACGCUCAAGGAGAGUUCGAGUACGCUCUGGUUUGCUUUCACAGAGGUAAAAAGCUGAGAUCAGAUAUCGAAGAAUUUAAUCUGGGAAUACAAAAGUCUGCCGAAGCUAUCGAAAACGCUAUCGGAGAUAAGUCUGGGCUGCGAUUCUGCCGCAUGGGUAAGAUACUCCGACAAAUACAGGCCAAGAAAGAGAAAGAGAUCCAGGCCAGCACGUGGCGCGGCCAAAAGCGUAAGCAAUCACCCACCGAGCAGGACGACGCCAAAAAGAACUACGGCUGCAAGACGCUGCUGGAGGAGCUGUCCAAGGACAAGGCGUUCCUGCAGAAGCUGAUCCACCACCCGGAGCUGACGGGGCCGUGUAAGGACGAGAUCGUCAAGGAGGCCAGCGAGGUGCUCGAGUUCAUGCAGACUCGCCAGGAGUUCUGGGGCCAGCAGAAGCCGCUGUAUGCCCGCAAGAUACAGCGCAAGAUGGCCGAGGGCAAGACCACGGUCGACGAGGAGGAUGAGCAGCUGCGCCGGCGCAUCGACGAGAAGAAGAGCCGCGUGCAGGCCAACCACGAGACGGUGACGCGCCUGCUGGUGGACAUUGACGCCACCCUGCAGCGCGCCGAGUACGAGCGCGCCCUGCAGAUGUGCGCCGAGGCCGAGCAGACCAUCAAGUCGUACAGCCUGACGUGGCUGCCGCGCCGGCAGGCCUACCUCGGCGUGGUGUACAGCGCGCUCGGAGACGCCCACCUCAAGCUGGGCCACUACCGAGAGGCGCUCAAGUGGCACAACAAGGACCUCGAGCUGAGUAAGGACAACCCGCGCCUGCUGCACUCGCGAGCGCGCGCGCUCGACAACCUCGGCCGCACUCACGCCACAUUCCGGCGCUACCAGGCGGCCAUCGACGCCUGGGAGCAGCGCAUCCCUCUCUCUCGCAGCCCUGAGAAGCGCACCUGGCUCUUCCACGAGAUCGGCACGUGCUACCGCGAGCUGGGCCGCCACGAGACGGCGCGCUUCUACGGCACCAAGUGUGUCAAAGAGGCGCGCCGCUGCGAGCAGCAGGCGUGGAUCAUGCGCGGCCUGUGGCUGCUCGCCGAGGCCGAGACCCAGCUGGAGGUCAUGGACGCGGCGCUCAAACACUUUGACCAGGCCAUCGAACUAGCGACCGCGCACGGCACCAAGCAGGAGGUGAAGGCUCUGGAAGCCGCCUGCCAGCGUGCCGUCGAGCUGAUGAAGCAGCGCGAUGCCGACCGCGCCAAGGCCAAGGCGCUCUAUACUACCGUGGGUGUCAUCCAGCCGCGCCGCUCCGUCGGAGGGAACGUCAAGUUCGACGAGCCCGACGAGUCGGAGGAGGAAGCGCAGGAGCGCAUGCCGCGGCCCAACAUCGUGCUCAUCGAGGGAGCCGACGAGAGCGGCUCGGUGAUCGACAUCAGCGACAGUUUCGACGACACUGGCAGCUACGUGGACUGGACGGACGAGGACACGCUGCCGCCAGAGGAGCCCUCCCAGGAGCAGCUGGCCGCCGCGCCGGACGGAGAGGAAGGCGAGGACGAGGACGAGUCCUCCGGCGAGGACAGCAGCCCGCGCUCCUCCGGAGAGGAGACGGGAGCCGCGGCGGCGGCGAGCGGCGAUGAGGAAGGUGAGGCCGCCGCAGAGACCGAGCAGGAGACGACCGGUGGCGAGACGACGGCGCUUGAGGACGGGGAGGAGGAUACCGUCGGGGAGACUACCGAUGGAGAGGACGACGGGGAGACCACAGAGGGCGAGGAGGAAACAGACGUCGGAGAGACGACCGAGGGCGGGGAGACGGGAGAUACCGCGGCCACCGGCGAGGAGGUCGAGACCGAGGACGGCGGUGAAGAAACGCAAGCGGAGGACGGAGGGGAGGCUACAGAAGAGGGAGGAGACACCGAGGCGGCCACCGAGGAGACAGGGGAGGAGGAGGCCACCGAAGAAGGAGCAGCGGCAGAAGAGGCUCCUGUGGAAGAGGGAGCAGCUGAAGAGGGAGCGACCGAAGAGGCUCCCGCUGAAGAAGCGCCUGCCGAAGAAGCUCCCGCUGAAGAAGCCCCUGCGGAAGAGGCUCCCGCCGAAGAAGGGGCGGCAGAGGAGGCUCCAGCCGAGGAAGAGGCGGCUCCUGCAGCGGAGGAAGCCCCAGCAGACGCCACGGAGGGUGGCGAGGCGGAGGCACUACCAGCAGAAGUCGACGGAGCGGAGGAGGCGCCAGCAGAGCCUGCUGAGGACGCUGACGCCCCCGCCGAGUGAGGUCAGCGGACUUUCGCCACCAAGCCGUCACCUCCCUGUCGUCCUUGUCUGCUGUCAAUUUUAGGAGUGCUUUCGGUCGGAAAUGUCUUUUGACAAGUGACGUGCUUGGUUGGGAAGUGUACACAUAUGUUCCAUCAUAUCUUAGGGACGUACCCCAUAUUCUUAUCAUUAAAAUCCUAGGUGAGCAAUUGAAUACACGACUACGAACUGACAAUAAUAAGAUAUCGUACAGGAAACUUG